AAUCCUGACUUCUCCAGCUCCCGCCCCACUCUAAUUUUCUAGACCCCACCCCCCUCCCAGAGCUAAGAAGAGAACCCAGGAGUCCUGACUCCCAGGUCCCCCUGCUCUAACCGAUUGGACUCCACCCCAAAGCCAGGGAUGGAACCCAGGGGUCCUGACUCCCAGCUCUAACUCCCUACACCCCACUCUCCUCUGCAAGCUGGGAAAGGAACCCAGAAGUCCUGACUCCCAGACCCCCGCUCUAUCCACUAGACCCCACUCCCCUUCCAUCCCCGCUUGGAAGUUUGGUGCUAAUGGGAACAGAACCAGCCCCAGGGGCCAGCUGCUUGUAAAGGGGAAGUGCCGCUCUGCAGCCGAGGAACUAGCAAUGAGCUAAAUGGUGCCGCAAGAGCUUUGCUGGGGACCAAAGGCCGGGGGGGGAGUCAAUUCUGGGCCCAAUGGGCUGCUGUCAUGGCCUGGUUAAAUGCGAACAGUGCAACCCCAUGCCCUUUAACCCAGGCAAAUGCCAGGCAAGGUGGACGCCCAGGUGACUGCCUCCAGGGCGUGGGCUCUGUCUGGGGAUGCUGUGCCCCCAAGAAGGAUUUAGGGGCCAUUGUAGAUAAUCGCCCCAGUGUGAGCUCCCAGCACGACACCGUGGCCAGAAGGGUCAGUGCGGUCCCUAGGCGUUGAAGGGGACUGGUAGGCAAACGUAGGGACGCGCUCGCACCUCUGCGCCCGGCGCUGUACUGGAAUCCUGAGGCCAGUGCCGGGCGCUACGCUGCUGGGGGAGGAGCGAGUUCAAAACACAGAUCCACGGGCUGACAAAGAAGCCUUUUGAUGAGGGGCUGAAUGGGAGAGAAGGCUGAGAGGGAGCUGAGCUGUGUGUCUGGUACUGACACGCCGCAGAGAGGGCUGAGGGCUGGAGGCUUCUCUCCACCUCGCUGCCAAAGGAAGCUGCCUUUUAAAACCAGGCUGGGGCAUGUUCUUUUAAGAGGUCGGCUCUCAAGAUGAGCUGGGGGCAGUUCUCUGGCCCAGGCAAGGGCGCUCAGAUUAGCGGGUCGCAACGGCCCCGUCUGCCCUUGGAAUCGCUGAAUCUGUAAGAUCCAGUGGCUAGCAGUUGCAGUUGCAAUAAGAUGCAAUUUCCUAGCUGGGAGGGGCUGGAUGUCAGGACUCCUGGGUUCUAUUCCCAGCUUGGCCUCGGACGCAUUCUGCAUCUGCGAAAUCAGUCACCUUCCUGUUCCUCGCCUGUGCGUCCUUAGGAGAGGGCGGGAGGCUGGAUUCAUUCGUGUCUAGCUCCAAAUCCCCACCGGCUAGAGGGGGAAACCGAGGCACAGAGCAGGGCCACGCCCGACCAUGAGGGGCACCGGGCUGGUGGCGGGGCUGGGCCUCCUGCUGGCGCUGGCGAUGGGGCAGGAAGAGAAGGCCCUGGAAGCAGGCUCCUGCCAGCCCCGCGCCUCCUGCCGCGACUGCAUCCGCUCCCAGCCCAGCUGCGCCUGGUGCAAAGCGCUGAACUUCACCAAGGCGGGCGAGUCGGACGCCACGCGCUGCGCCUCGCGGGGGGAGCUGCUCCAGCGCGGCUGUGCCCUGAAGGAGGUGGUCGAGGCCCGGAACCGGCACCAAGUCCUGGAGGACGCGCCCCUGAGCGACAGCGCCGAGCAGGAGACGGUGACCCAGCUGGCACCCCAAAAGAUCGCCCUGUGGCUCCGACCCGGAGAGCAGCAUAGCUUCUCGGUGCGGUUCAAGCGGGCCAAGGGCUACCCCGUGGACGUCUACUACCUCAUGGACCUGUCCUACUCCAUGAAGGACGACCUGGAGAACAUCAAGAAGCUCGGCAAUGACCUGCUGGCCGCUCUCAGGAACAUCACCAAGUCAGUGAAGAUUGGCUUCGGCUCCUUCGUGGACAAGACAGUCCUGCCCUACGUCAGCACGGUGCCCGCCAAGCUGCGGAACCCCUGCCCCGACCGCUACGAGCAGUGUGACUCGCCCGUCAGCUUCCGCCACGUGCUGCCGCUCACCGACGACGCCAGCGAGUUCGAGAGCCGUGUGAGCCAGCAGCGCAUCUCGGGCAACCUGGACUCGCCCGAGGGCGGCUUCGAUGCCAUCGUGCAGGUGGCCGUGUGUGAGAAGCAGAUUGGCUGGCGGAACGUGACGCGCUUGCUGGUCUUCACGUCAGAUGACGUCUUCCACACGGCAGGGGAUGGCAAGCUGGGUGGCAUCUACCUCCCGAAUGACAACCAGUGCCACCUCGACACUGACGGACUCUACAGCAAGAGCCACAUCUACGAUUACCCCUCGGUCGGGCACUUGGCCCAGGUGCUCUCAGCCUCUAACGUCCAGCCCAUCUUUGCUGUCACUGGCUCCACGCUGCCCGUGUACCAGGAGCUGAGCAGGCAGAUCCCCAAGUCGGUGGUGGGGGAGCUGAAGGAGGAUUCCAGCAACGUGGUGCAGCUCAUCUCUGACGCCUACAAUAGCCUGUCGUCCACGGUGAACCUGGAGCACUUCCAUCUCCCGCCCGGCGUGAGCGUGGCCUACGAGUCGCACUGCGAGGACGCCACCCGCUCCCUCGGGGGCCACGGUGGGGUCUGCUCCGGCGUUCGCAUCAACCAGCUGGUGAAUUUCACGGUGACGGUGAAGGCCGACACCUGCCUGGAGGGUCCGCACACCUUCGCGCUGCGGGUGCUGGGCUUCACCGAGGAGGUGCACGUGGAGCUGCAGACACUGUGUGAGUGCCCCUGCAGCCAGCCGGAGCCCCAUGCCACCCACUGCAGCGGGGGCCACGGCACCCUCACCUGCGGAGUCUGCAGCUGCAGCCCUGACCGCGCGGGCAAGCUGUGUGAGUGCAAGCUGGCGGACACCACGUACCUGGAGGAGGGGUGCCGGGGCCGGAACGGCACGGGCCUCCUGUGCAACGGGAAGGGGCAGUGCGUGUGCGGGCAUUGCCAGUGCAACAGCAACGUGCGAGGGCAGUACUGCGAGUGCGACGACACCAGCUGCGAGCGGCAUGACGGGCAGCUCUGUGCAGGCCAGGGUCAGUGCCAAUGUGGGAGUUGCCUGUGCGACAAGGGCUACACUGGCAGCGCGUGCGACUGCAGCCUGGACACCAGCGCGUGCCUGCAGGACGGCGUGGAGUGCAGCGGGCACGGGCGCUGCCUCUGCAACAAGUGCCAGUGCCAGCCGGGCUACUUCGACCGGCUCUGCAGCUGGUGCCCGGGCUGCCAGACACCCUGCGAGGAGCACCGGGACUGCGCCGACUGCAAGGCCUUCGGGACGGGCCCGCUGAGCCAGAACUGCAGCACCGUCUGCAACCACACCACGGCCACGGUGCUGCCCGAGCCCGCUGUGAGCGAGCAGUGGUGCAGGGAGAAGACGGAGGACGGGCGGAUCCUGCUUUUCCUGAUCGAGGGCACGGACGGGGGCACAGUUCGCCUCACGGUGAAAGCCAAGGACGCUGUCACUGGCCAGACCUCCAUGAUCGUGCUGGGUUUGGUCUUGGGCAUCGUGGUCAUCGGGCUGCUGAUCAUCAUCGCCUACCGCAUCUCCGUGGAGGUCCUGGACCGGCGGGAGUACAUGCGCUUCGAGAAGGAGCGGGAGCGGGCCAGGGGGAACGAGGUCAACAACCCGCUGUACCGGAGCGCCACCACCACCGUCAUCAACCCCAGGUACAACGAGGACUGAGGCAUCAUGGAUGGCCAGCCACCAAUGGCAUGGGCCCCCCGAUGCCACGCUACGGCAGCCACCCCGAGCUUGACCGGGCCUCUCCUGGAAGGGAAGGCGCAGGCAGAGGGCCUGCUGCUCGGCGGAAUCUCACACGGCUACCUGCUGCCAAACAGGCUGCCAGGUGCCCCCACUUGUCACUGGCGGAGCAGGGUGCGGCCCUGGCUCCAUUCUGGGGCCCUUCCCAGCCUGAGGCCUCCCUGCUUUAGUAGCCCCACCCUGCGCUCCCCUUGCAGCGCUAAGCCCCUGCCCCGAGCCUGCUGCUUCUCUGCCCCCUGCAGUGCGUCCAUCAGCGACCCCCAGCACCCAGAGAGCAGGAGCUCUGUCCACGCCCAGCAGAAGAGCUCUGGGGUCAGUGACUAGCAGGAAGGGCCGGGCUACGGAGCGCCAAAGCCCUGCUUUUGGGGGCUUCUCUCAUUUAACGGGGAAGCACUGUAGGGCAGAGCCGAGCCAGGGGAAACUCAUGGCCAACCGUGGGGGGGGGGGGGGGGUAAUUGGAGCAGGGCUCUUCAGCACCAGAAGGAAAGCAGCAGGCGUAAUCCCUCCUGCCCGCCGGGAUCAGGAGCACCAAGCCAGUAAAACCCCACUGUGAACCGGGUGCUUAACAACUACUGAGAGCCAGAAUGAACCUAGGGAGCCUCUCCCUCUGUAUCUCCUCCAGCACCCUCGGGCCUCUCAAAUAAUCCCCCCCGCAGACAAGGAACUGCCUCCCCCACUUCGCUGAGUGAAUAUAGAGAGGAAUAAAGGGCUGGGGCAGCAGCCAGCUCA